AUGAUGGAUCCCAAAGAUGACAUUGAAGCUUUGGCGGCAACAAAUACUACUAAUGAUACUAAUAAUAAUGCUGACGAAGCCACGACCAUCAGUUCCGAAGAGAAAACAGAAGCAGCUUUGAAAUCUGACAAGCCAUCCCUCGGCAAACUAUUUGCUCUUGCUCAACCGGAAAUGCCAAUGCUGAUUUUCUCAGGUAUUCUCAUGGUGGGGUCGGAAGGCGUCAACCUGAUCACCCCUCUGAUUGUGGCGGACGCCUAUGACACUCUGGUCGAUCCGACAGUUCUAACGGAUGAUGCUCGCAUGACCAAGAUCAAUGAGGUCAUGACGAUUGCCAUUAUUGUAACGGUGGCAGGUAUUCUUGGUGGAUUCAUUCGAGCCACCAUUCAAGGUGUGAUUGGGGAACGAGUGGUGGCUCGGCUUCGCUGUCAGUUGUAUGCUCACAUUUUGAAACAGGAGAUUGCCUUUUUUGACGAGCACAAGAGUGGGGAAUUGGUUUCUCGACUGGGAUCUGAUACCACCUUGCUACAAACUGUCAUUUCGCAAUCUUUGCCCGACUUUCUGGUCCAGCUCAUCAAGGCUAUGGCAUCCAUGGGGCUCAUGUUCUUUUUGUCGGCCAAAUUGGCAGGCGUGGCAUUGGCGGGUGUCAUUGUCAUCUUUCUGCUCAGUGCUCCGAUGGGGAAAAUCAUGGCAAGAUUAUCCAAAGAAUACCAAGAUGUUCUUGGACAAGCACAGACCCAUUCUACUGAAGCCAUUGGAUCCAUGCGAACGGUCCAAGGAUUUGCGGCGGAAGAAAAGGAAUCCAAGCGUUACAAUGAAAAGAUUGGCAAUCCAGACGAUAUCCCCUUAUGGUGGCCUCCCAGAGAACCCAAGACAACCUACCGCGCUGGCUUCUUCAAGAGUAUUACCGCUUCUGCCUUUUUUACCUUUGUCUUUGGUGCUGGAUUCGGGUUUCUGAACGUUACCCUUUGGUAUGGAUUCUACCUUGUCAUUCAAGGAGAGAUGACUCUUGGUGAAUUGACUGCCUUUAAUUCUUUCAUCAUUACAGUCGGAUUCUCCAUGGGUCAAGUAGCCAAUGCCAUUUCCAAGGUCUUUGAAGGUAUGGGUGCCAGUGGUCGAGUAUUCUACCUGAUGGAUCGGGUUCCCACCAUCCCCAAGCCGCCACCACCACCAUCAUCGGCAGAAAGCAAGACCAAAACAAUUGAAACCAUUCAGCCUGAAUCCAUGCAAGGCAAUGUCGAAUUACAAAAUGUUGUCUUUCAUUAUCCCUCUCGGCCUGAUCAGAUUGUUCUGAACGAUGUAUCCUUGAAGAUUCCUGCCAAUAGCACUACGGCCUUGGUCGGAAGUUCUGGAGCUGGUAAAUCGACCAUUGUGAGUCUACUCCAGCGCUUUUACGAGGUCGACCAAGGGAGAAUCACCGUGGAUGGUCACAGUUUGGACAGCUUGAAUCUGCAAUGGCUACGAAGUCACAUUGGAUACGUCCAACAGGAACCCCAACUCUUUGGGUUGACCGUCAAGGAAAACAUGUUGUACGGUGUCCAUCGGGAAAAUGUCACCCAAGAAGAAAUCGAACAAGCGUCCAAGGAUGCCCAUGCCCACGAAUUCAUCCAAGACUGGCCAGAAGGAUACGAUACCUUGGUCGGAGAACGCGGUGUCAAAUUGAGUGGUGGACAGAAGCAACGGGUGGCCAUUGCCCGAGCCCUAUUGACCAACUGUCGUAUCUUGUUACUGGACGAAGCCACUUCGGCCUUGGAUGCCGAAUCCGAACAUUUGGUCCAACAAGCCAUUGACAAGGCCGUGGUCGGACGAACGGUGAUUGUGGUAGCUCAUCGGUUGUCAACGAUUCGCCAAGCGGAUCAAAUUGUGGUCAUGCACAAUCACAAGGUGGUGGAUGUGGGCAAACACGACGAACUAUUGGCUAGGUGUACCAGAUAUCAAGAUUUGAUUCGACGCCAAAGUACCAUGAUCCGAGAUGUAUCCAUGAACGGAUUGGCGAGUAUGCUACCAGACAUGCCAGAAGAUAAUGGAGACAGCGAAGUACAAUUCUUGGACUCCGCCUCUGCUUAA